CCUGCUGACUGUGUAGAUGCAGCCCUGCGUGCUCGGGCCGGUGGUGGCUGGCUCUUGGAUGGCCCGGUGCCCCUUGCCACCCUAGCGAGCGACGCCGUUUCCAAGCUACGGGCGGGCUAGCUGCCAUGUUUCGCGCCCGCAAACUCUCCUCCUCUCCCAGUUCCCUCCGAACGCUAAACUCCAACAAUGCCAUGCACGCCAUGUCCCCUCCGGUGACUCUUUAGGUCCAACCCCUACUGAUCCAUUCAUAUGUACCUUAUCGGACGCAAAUCGUUGCUUGUUUGCCCGAGGCCAACAUAUCCUUUCAAGCUACAUCAAUCAGUCUUUCAAUCAAUACGCUGGUCCAAACCACCCGUCGCCUGGCUCUUUGUACUGGCAACGAUAUAUAUAUAUUCACCCUGAUCGGUCAACCAUGAGGCAUUUCCCCUUCGGAUCCUGGGCGCAUACCGAGCACGCAUCUCCCCAACUCCCCCAACCCGCCGUUCCAGGAACCAGGACCUGAGCGCCAAAGACACCGGCACGCGUCGUGUCUGCCGUCGCCAUUGGCCGCGGUGCAAACUGCCCCCUCGCAAAACCUAUCCCCAUCACGCACGGCCACGUCUCCGCCUCCCCCGUCCGAUAUACUUGGAGCCCGCCCAAAACGACCAUGGAGCCUCACUAUUCCCCUUCGCACGCUGUCCACAAUGGCACGUUUUCCCUUCCACAGGCCAUCGUCCAUCUGCUGAGCUCUGUCUUCGCCCGAUCCGCUCGCCAUCCUCAGGAUUACGCUUACCCUCACCAUCCCCUUUUCCACACGAUAAAUACUGCUGCACACUCCCUGCUGCGUCUGCUCAAUCCUUUCGCUACCCAAGGUUAUUCCAAUCCGCUUUUGGUGGGCAUGGUCAAGACAACCGCGCUCUGUGGCAUCGGUACAGUCGCCUUUCUGGCAAGGCGUUACCGGCAGAACAACCCAAAUGGAGGCAGACAGACCCCGACCGACGAUUCUAGCCCUGCAUCCAACGACCGAGAUCCCGCCUCUACCGAUCCAGGACUGAUCAGAAAGCACUCGAUAACUACGGUAUACACAGUUCCAAAGACUGGCUUCACCUAUCCUGGCAUCCGUACAUUCUAUCGCCCCCAUCCCCAGGAAGACAAGCUUCCACACGUUCCCCGCCCAGUCCCAUUGCUCGUAUUUGUUCACGGUCUUGGCGGUUCUGUAGCCCAGUUCCACUCUAUCCUUGUCAGCCUCUCCAACGCUGCCCCUUGCCUUGCCAUUGAUUUCCCUGGCUGCGGGCUGUCCUCUUUGAAGCCAGAAGAAUGGGCGGCAUAUACCACGGAUGCUCUUACCCAUCUGCUUGCUGUUGUCAUCGAAGCGCACCGAGACCGUGAGCGAGGCCAACAAGUCGUUCUCGUCGGCCACAGCAUGGGAUGCUCUAUCGCCGCUCUACUAGCUUCCGAUACAUCGCCGUAUGCUGAUCUCUUGUCUGCGAACGUCGCUGGCCUCGUUGCCGUGUGCCCCCAAGCGCAACCACCUUUCCCGGACAAGAUGCACGCCCUGAUGAGAAUCACCUCUUUGCCACCACUCAUCUUUGAUAUAUUCAGGCGGUGGGAUCGUCGCGGAGGAUCGAAUAGCAAGAGCGUUCUCCGCAUGACGGGCAAAGAAGCAGACGACGAGACCAGACGACUACAGUUACGCUUCAAUCGCCAGAGCCGCACCCCUACUUGGAUGCGCAUGGCGAGGGGAAUGUUGCCUGAUAUGUCUAGCGGUCUUCCCAAGGGCGGUUUACCCGGCAAAGAGGUCUGGGGUGGACUGAGUAUUCCUCUGUUUCUCAUUGCUGGCGAAUCUGACAAGGUCACUCCAACUGACAAUGUUGAACUGAUUAACACUUUUCUUGGUCGGGGUCAUGGCCCCAUCGAGCCCUCUCAAUCACUACCUGGCCUGCCCGUUGCAGCUGCUCCACUCGACCCUGCUGUUGCCGAGCCGCAGUUGAAGGAACAUGAGCACCAGGAUUCCGACAUGGAUGAUGAUAAUUUCCCCGACGCUGAGCCUUCCGCGACAUCUACAACGGAUGUGGAUACUCAGGAAUCCGUAGGCGCAAGUACUGCAGUCGCUGAUGAAACAUCAGAAUCUAGUACUCCUUCAUCUGAGUCAAGUACCACACAAAUACGUCCUCGUCGCCUGUUGGUCAAGACCGCCAUCAUGCCACCACCUGCAUCUCACUCGCUAGUUUUCGCCCCUACGAGCGCCCGCAUCAUCUCCGGCCUCAUUGGCACUUUCUUGUCCGAACACAUCGACGGGCGUCUCUCGCCGACCUGGCAGCUGCAGUACCUGACUACCGAGGGCAAAUGGGACGUGAAGAAUCUCGCAAAGUGGCAAGCCGUGCGACCCGUCUCGGAACCCAUCGCACACACCUUCCGCGCUCUCAAGACGCUCCGCGAAGUCGAUCCCUCGCACUCGCCCAAGAUCUUCGUCAAGGAAUGGGCAGGCAAGCUCCGCGCCGUCGUCGACAUCAGCCACGACUCCCCCGUGUACGACCCCAAAGGCCUCGAGGACGGCGGCAUCCCUUACCACAAGUUCCCCACCGUUUCCAAGCAGCCGCCCACACGCGAGGAAGUUGGCAGGUUCGUCGAGCUGAUCGACUUCAUUCGAUCUUAUGACCCGCCUCGUCGCCCUCAAGACAACAACACCCAGGGCAGCAGUGGUGACAAGGGCGACGACGUCCUGGUCGGUGUGCACUGCCACUACGGCUUCAACCGCACGGGCUUCUUCCUCGUUUCCUACAUGAUCGAGCGGCUGGGGUAUACCGUCCAGGACGCCAUCACCGAGUUUCUGCGAGCUAGACCACCGGGGAUUCGCCACGAGCACUUUGUCGAUGAGCUGCAUGUGCGGUAUUGCAGCGGGUUGAGGAAGGCGCCUACGCUCUAG